AUGACAUUCGUGACGGACCAAAGAUCCUAUCUCCAUCUCUCCCUAAAGAACAAAGACCACUACUCUCGACGGCACGGUUACGACUUCAUCACCGACUUCGAAGCGCACUCUGAACCACGCAGCCCCGUCUACUGGAAGUUUGACAUGGUAGAGCGUUUGGUCAAAACCGGCAAAUACGACUGGAUAUGGUGGCUAGACUUUGACACACUCAUCACCGACACCGGUGUCAGAGUUGCCGACGUUAUCAACGAUGAGCUACAGAAAGCUGAGAAUCCGAACGAAGUCGAUUACAUUCUCACCCACGAUUGUAAUGGCUUGAACCUAGGAUCCUUCGUCGUCCGCGCCCAUGACCGAUCGCUCGAAUUCGUCCGCCGCGCACUCGAACUACGCGAUGAAGCCGAAAACAGUGCCGAGAAGAAGAGUUACAGCGAGCAGGAUGCUAUGGUCGAGUUGCUGAAGGAGGAUCCAUAUGCGGGCAGACAUGUUGUGGCGCCACAGUCAAGGCUGAAUGCUUUCCCAAAGGACAUACCCUGCUUCGAGAAUGAAGAUGGCGAAUGGAAGCCGGGCAAGUUCAUCCUGCAUUUUGCGGGAGCUUGGGCACAUGUCAAGGGUGAAGAUCCUACGGGUCAGCUCAUGAAGAAGUACGAGAGCGAUAUCAUAUGGGGAGAUUGGAAAGAGUUCUAUUAA